GCCCCGCCCGUUCCCAGGGCCCGAGCGGUCGGCGCCGGCGGCUCCUCUCGGCCUAGUCCCGCCCCGCGCAGCGCGCGCAGCCCGCAGAGACCGCGGCUGUUACGCGAGCGUGACGUGGCUGUGACGCGGGCGCGGCCGCUCCCGAGGCGCUCGCGCUGCCCCCGCCGCGCUCCGAGGUAGUCGUAGCUCGGCCCGUGUCGACAGGCCCGGGCCACCCCCAGGCCUCCGCCGCCCGCUGCCCGCCAUGGACGACUACGCGGUCCUGUCGGACGCCGAGCUGGCUGCCGUGCUGCGCCAGUACAACAUCCCGCACGGGCCUGUCGUGGGUUCCACUCGCAAGCUCUACGAAAAGAAAAUCUUCGAGUAUGAGACCCAGAGGCGGAGGCUCUCGCCCCCGAACUCCUCCGCAUCCUCUUUCUCCUAUCGGUUCUCGGGUGAGGCCCCCGCCCCAGGGCUCCACCUGGCCGCCCUCGGGAACAGCAUUUGGACGCCUGGGCGACGGGGAGGAAGUGGGCACGAGGGUGUGACGGGUGGGGAGGGGCCCAACGGGAAGGGGAGGGGAGCCUGGGGGCAAAUGGUCCUGGCCCUUCCUCCGUUCAGACUUAGAUUCUGCAUCCGUGGACUCGGAUAUGUAUGAUCUGCCCAAGAAAGAGGACGCCUUACUUUACCAGAGCAAGGGUAAGGCAGGGGUGGGUGGGCACCCGGACCCCUUCGUUCCUGUGGCAGGGAGAACCUGAGAGCUCAGCCCCCACCGUCCUGCAGUGGCUCUGGAGGGCAGAGACCAUGUCACAGCCCCCCCCCAUGGGAUUCACGUUAGGGCCAUCCGGCCAGGUGGGGGACAUCGUUGCCCCCUCUGCUACCGCUGCCCCCCCUUCCCAAGGCUAUAAUGACGACUACUAUGAGGAGAGUUACUUGACCACCAGGACUUACGGGGAGCCUGAGUCUGUGGGCACAUCCAAGGGCUUCCGCCAGCCCUCGGCUUCGCUCUCGGAUGCUGACACCUUCCACCACCAGGUGAGCUGGCUUUCCGGCACCCUGGACUUGGGUAUGAGGGGGUCGUGGCUGGGUUUGGAUAAAUCGAGGGGGCCACUGGGUGCAAAUGCUUGCUCCCCGGCCUCCAGGGAGAAGUGGGGUCAGCAGACACCUGCUUGGUCAGGGUUUUCCUUUGGGGGUCUGUCAGCCCUGCACUCGGGUCCGGGGUGUAGAUUUGCGCUCUUUCGGAGAAUCCUGCAGCAGAAAGUGGGGUGCAGGCAGCCAGGACAGUCACUGACUGAGCGAGGGACAAGGCCCCGAAGAUGCAAGGCCAGGAACCAAGAAGGCCGCAGGCCUCGCAGCCGUGUUCAGAGCGGGCUGGGCGAGGAAGCUGGGACUGAGGGGUGUGACGGCCACGCUCAGCCUGCCAGCCAGCCUCCUGACCCCGCUUCACUCGUGCAGGUCCGUGACGACAGUCUCUUCUCUUCUGAGGAGGACGGCAAGGAUAGGGAACGCCCCGUGUACGGCCGGGACAGUGCCUACCAGAGCAUCGCACACUAUCGCCCCGUUUCCAACGUCUCCAGGAGCUCCCUGGGCCUGUCCUACUACCCCACAUCCUCCUCCGCCUCCUCCGCCUCCUCAUCUUCAUCUCCCCCUACUUCGUGGCUCACCCGCCGUGCCAUCCGGCCGGAAAAGCAGGCCCCCGGGGCCGGUCUGGGCCGGGAUCGCCAGGUCCCGCUCUGGGGCCAGAUGCUCCUGUUUCUGGUGUUUGCCGCCUUCCUGCUCUUUGUCUACUACUCCAUGCAGGCUGAGGAUGGCAGCCCUUUCUGGGCGGAGCCCUGAGGUCCGCCGCCUGCCUUAGCAGUGUUUGCGGGGGGUGGGGGGUGGGGGGCUUUUCUGUGUUCUAGCUUUUGGGGGUACUGAGAUGGGGGCAGCGUUUGCUUCCCCUGCCUUGUCCUGCCGGGGAGGCCACAGACCCAGGCCCUGUACAGCGUGCUGGGCCUGGGUGGGCCUUCCUCUGGAGCCUCCUGGCCCCGCUUGCCUCUGACCCUUAGGGCCUAGGAGGGCGAAACCCUUCUCCUGGAGAGGAGAACAUGGUUGUCGUUGCAUGCCUCCUGUUCAUUGUCACCUUGUGGAGGGGGGUUAUCAAAGGCCACCCUGACUUUGUUUCCGUGGACACACAAUAAAAAGACCGUUUAUUUUUAA